AUGAAACCCUCAUCCCGGCCUUAUCCAUCAUGGGGCCAUCCUGAGCGGCCAGAUGUAGAACCUCAAUUUCACCGAUUAGACGCUACAGAUUUUAACGUUUCUCUUGAACCUUCGAUAAAAUCCAAAUCUUUCAGAGAAUAUGAUACCGAAAUUCAAUACAGAUUGAUCACAAAUGACUCCACCGAUCAAAGCCUCAUAUGGUUAACGAUGGCAAGAAAUAUUUUUCACCAUGAAUUAUCACAAAUGCCAGAAAAUUACAUUUCCAAGCUUGUAUUUAACAAAAACCACUUCACAUGUGUUUUGAUAUUAGAUGGCAUGGUUUUUGGAGGAAUUUGCUUCAGACCUUUCUUUGAUCGAGAUUUUGCCGAAAUUGCUUUCUGCGCAGUAUCAUCUACUGGACAAAUUAAAGGCUACGGAUCUCAUAUUAUGUCGCAGGUUAAGACUUAUAUGCAAGCUAUGCAAAUUCAUAAUGUUUUAACAUAUGCAGAUAAUUCUGCAGUCGGAUACUUCAAUCGUCAAGGUUUUACGCUUCAGAUUAACCUUGACCCUCAAAUUUGGCGUCAUUGCAUUAAAGAUUACCAAGGCGCGACGCUCAUUCACUGUAAAUUAUAUCCUUCCAUAGAUUAUCUUCGUAUUAACGAUGUAAUUGACGCUCAAUUGAGAUGGACAUCUGACUUAUUACCAGAUUAUCCUACUAGAAUCACCAGAGUUUGGCCAAUCAAAAGAUUUUCCGGAGUUCUCAUUAAUUCAACGCCGACAAUCGAUGUUACAGACCAGAUGCGUAUAGUAGUUGACAAAGUCAAGCACCAUUCACGCUCAUGGCCUUUUAGAAAGCCAGUUUCUAAAAAUGAAGCUCCAAAUUACUUCGAAAUCAUCAAGUUCCCAAUGGAUCUGUCAACAUUGGAGAAGAACGUUUACGAUGGAAAGUACACAACGUUCCAGAAAUUCGAAGCCGAUUUAAGGCUAAUUUUUUCGAACUGUUAUAUGUAUAAUAAAGGUGAAUCCGUGUACAGAAAGAGUGCUAUAGAGUUGGAAAGAUUCGUAAACCAACUUUUGGCCUCUCAAAAAGUGAGAUCUCAUAUCUCAACAAAACCAAAGUAA